AUGGCCUCGUCUGUCACCAACCCCCCUUCAACCAACGGCCAUACCAGUGCUAAUGGCAAGGCACCUCAAGUGCCUACAAACCAAGCUAGUCUGGUACACGUGCAACCUGCCAGAGUAGAAGAUUUGCAGCCGCGUUAUGCGCAGCAAAUCAAGCAUGAUGAUGACAAUCCAGAUGCGCAUGGAUGGUACGCUUCCAUGAUUCACGGACUGGGUGAAUGCAUGGGCUGCUUGGGAGCUAUUCCAUGUUGCUUACUUUGCCCCAAUCCGUUCAAAUCGGUCGCCCAAGGUGAAGUGGGAUUGAUCAGUCGUUUCGGCCGAUUCGAACGUGCCGUCGACCCUGGUCUCGUCAAAGUCAACCCACUUAGCGAGAGAUUGACCACAGUCGAUGUCAAGAUCCAAAUCGUCGAAGUCCCUCGUCAGGUCUGCAUGACCAAAGACAAUGUCAACCUGAACCUGACAUCUGUCAUUUACUACCACAUCAUCUCGCCGCACAAGACAGCCUUCGGCAUCGCAGAUGUCCGUCAAGCCCUCGUCGAGCGCACCCAAACCACCCUCCGCCACGUCGUCGGCGCACGCGUUCUACAAGACGUAAUCGAGCGUCGCGAGGAAAUCGCCCAAUCGAUCAGCGAAAUAAUCGAAGACGUCGCUGCAGGGUGGGGUGUCAAGGUUGAAUCCAUGCUCAUCAAGGACAUUAUCUUCAGCAACGAUUUACAGGACUCUCUCUCCAUGGCUGCUCAAUCCAAACGGAUCGGUGAGAGUAAAGUCAUCGCUGCUCGCGCCGAAGUCGAAUCGGCGAAAUUGAUGCGUCAAGCUGCUGAUAUCCUGUCUUCUGCUCCCGCUAUGCAAAUCCGAUACUUGGAAGCUAUGCAGGCUAUGGCCAAGACGGCUAAUAGUAAAGUCAUCUUCUUACCUGCUCCAGGACAGACGGUUUCGCAGCAACUGUCGUUGGCGGAGAACCUCGGUGAGGGACCGAGCAAAUAUCAGACCCUGGAUAAUAACUGGAACACGGGCAACGAGAAUGAUGACGGCUUCCAGCGCGCCGUUAAUGCCCGUGUUGUCGAAAACAUCUAAUUCUGGUCCAUUGACACUUUUCUCUUACAAACGAUAUUGAUGACGACCAGAAGUAUACCCACCCCCCUAUGACCCUCUUUGGCUGAGCGAUACCCAAUGUGUUUAUGACUUGUCUUUAUGUUUACUGCUGUGGCAUCUACUUAGUACAAUCUACGCGUAUAGCUGAUCAAUGAUAAUUUAGUCGAGAUUCUGUCUCAUAAGC